UCAGAGCUGGCGGCUCCAGGAAGGAAGUGUCACCCAUGCAAGACAGUUGCAUUUACCAGCAAAACAACUUCCUUAUAAUUCGUUCACGCGUUUCCUCCUACGAAUACGCGUUUAUUUAUUGUUGAGGGCUGCAAUUUGCAGAAAUCCAUUCUAAAUAAAGAUGGGAUACAUGACAGUAGAACAGCACACAACCAAACUGCUCCACCUGAAGAGAUCCCCAGGCAUUAGGUCGUGGUCUCUUCUUGUUGGUGUUGCAUCUAUUGGGUUGGCAGCUGCCUAUUACAGCUCAGACAGCAUUCUGUGGAAGCUGUUCUAUGUGAGUGGCUGCCUCUUUGUGGCCAUGCAAAAUAUGGAGGAGUGGGAGGAGGCAGUGUUUGACAAGACCAAGAACCUGAUUGAGCUAAAGACCAUAAGCUUAUAUGCUUCAGUCCUGACGCUGUGGAGGAAGGGUCAGGAGAAAGUUGUGCUGGAUUUGGCACAGCUCUGUGAUAUUUGUGUACAAGAAGAAAAGGUUCGGUAUUUGGGGAAAGGUUACCUUCUGAUGCUGCGGCUGGCUGCAGGAUUCUCCUACCCUCUGACACAGAACGCCACACUAGGGGGACGGAGUGAUGUGGAGGCUGUGGGCGCGCUGCUGAAGCGUUUUGUAGGCCUGGAGGAGCUGCAGCGACAAAGGCAACAGGAGGAAGAGAGUGGAUUUGUAGAAGAUGAGGGCGAUGAUGAUGAAGAUUCUCUAGAGAACAGCAGCAAUUUUGACGAUGAAGCUGAGGAACACUGAACUGUGUUUAAUGACCGUUCUUUAACUGAAGGAUUCUUUCUGUUAAUCAGGGAUCUCACGGUCAGAGCUGAUGUUUUUAUUUUCAGGGAAGAGAAGGUGCAAAUGUUUACACAACAACAAAAAUGUUUCCAUUUAUUAUGAAGACAUUCUGUAAAUCCUCUUGGAUAUAAUGAGUGCCUGACAAAACACUCCUUAAACAUUUACUGUGCUUCCAAAUAAUUAUAGGUGUUUGUAUGUGAGUUAGAGUCAGCAGUUUGUGCCUCUUCCCACACUUUCUGGACCACCCAGUAGAUAAGCAUCUUUUCCUGCAUGUUAUAUUAUCUUCAAGUCUGAAUGAAAUCAUGGUUGGCAAGAUUGUUUUUUUUUGCAGUUUUUUUUCUUCAAAAGUUGACAUUUUUAUUUACCUUUUGUGUGUAUUUACCAAAGACUGAAGCAUUACAUGAUGGUGAUUUAAAUUAUUUCUUUGUCAACAGAAUCAGGGCUAUGGCAGGGCUUAUUAUGUAAAACAAUCUUUGUAAACAUAUUUGUAAUUUGGGUAUAAAAGUGAUUUCUAAAUA